AUGAUCGUCGUCGCAGCCACCAGUAAAACUGGCGACAAUGUCGGAGGGAUAGCUAACCUGAAGAUUGGUGAUGAAGCUGUCAUCUCGCAAUGGAAUACCGCAUUGCACGUGCUGAUCAACGCACUCAGCACGAUGUUGCUCGCUGGCUCGAACUACACUAUGCAGGUUCUGAGUUCACCAACCAGGCAAGAUGUUGAUGCCGCGCAUGCUCGUGGACAGUGGCUCGAUAUCGGCGUUCUCAGUCCUCGCAAUCUCAGGCUGAUCCCUCGGAAACGUGCUGCGCUUUGGUACACUUACAAUGCUUCGAUCUUCAAAGUCGUCACGUCAAGCGAAUAUCAAAUAUUUACUGUAGACGUCGCGUCAGACGAAUGGAAUCGUAUCAAUUCCACUACUGACGUGGGAAAAUCGACCAACGGCUCAUACUCGAAUCUCGGCGGCGGAAAAUGGACAACCGUGUACGACAACGAGUAUAUAUCGGUACAUGGCGAUCUGUAUCUUGCGAUAGACCGGGUAGCCUUUGAUACCACACAAGCUGCCAUAAAUCCAGAGGCGAUCAACAUCACAUCAACAUACCUGGACUACAACGUCACUGGAAAUCAAAGAACCUUACGGGAUCUCACGUCGGAGUCGGCAUCAUGGAUAAGGUUUCGAUCUCAGCCAGAUCCCACGAUACAGUGGAUGAGCAUUUCAGCUCAUGUAGUGGAAGCCGCAGCGGAGAAGAGGAAGAGCCCACCCAGCAGAGUUCAAAUCAGCUUGUACUUCUUGAUCAUCGUCGCGGUCUUCAAUCUACUCAAGCUCAGCGUCAUGGCCUAUGUUCUCAUUACCGACCGUUCGGCAUACCUAGUCACAUUGGGAGACGCCGCAGCCUCAUUCCUAGAGCAUCCCGAUCCACAUACUACGGGGAUAUGUGCGCUCGGUCGAGAAGAGCUCCUCAUCACCCUGGGCCAUCCGUCUAAGCGACCAUUUUCCACCCCCGAAGAAAAAUCAGACCUGGAUUUGCGCGUAAAGGGCCCACUAUACACAUCAAGUGGCCACUGGGGCUGGGGAAUCGGAUCAGACGACAACGUCCCCUUUGGAUCUGAUGGGACCACAGCUACCGCUACCCUGUGGAAUGCCUGGCUUGCCAACGUGCCACAACUGAUACUAUCCUUCUUUUACCUUUCGGUCAACAUGAUAUGUACCGCCAUGUCCGGAGCCAACGAAUGGAACCAUCUAGCAAAGUCCAAAAAGGUCGACAAAAGCAGUCCGGACUCGUCCAGGAGAUAUAUUCCACUGGAAGGGACCUUUUCAUCGACGUACAAUGCGAACCGGAGAAGCCAGAAAGAGGUGUACAUCUGUCACGCAUUCGGGAGAGACAUAUUUCUCUCUCCAAUCGCUAGCAUGUCGCAAGUGUUGGGGGAUUAUCGCGCCGUGGACAAGAACCGUGGUCGUAUCGUCGGUGCGAGGUAG